UUCAACAGUCGUCUUCCAGUUGGUUGUACACGUUGAUACAACUAGAAGAUACAUCAAGAUGCGGUUUAUAUUGGCCGCAACUCUGGUGCUUGUCAUUAUUAUAACGGUUGUUGAUGCGGGUAGAAGACACAGGGUACGAAAUGGAAUCCGUCGCAGAUAUUCUUAUGGACGUCAACUGUCUAUGUGGAGACGGUACCACCAACGUCGGACACUGAAACAGAUAAGUUGCGACCAAAUUAGAAGAUCGCAGAUUUGCAGCAGAUGCUGUGCUGUUGAUGGUAAUUGGGGCCCAUGGUCUGGGUGUAAUGCUUGCUCUGUAACAUGCGGUAAUGGAACACAGAGCAGAUCUAGAUCUUGUGAUAAUCCUUCUCCAGCUUAUGGUGGAGUUGAUUGUCAUGGUGAUGGUAUUGAAACACAAAGCUGUAACACGAUGAUUGACUGUCCUGUUGACGGUAAUUGGGGAACAUGGUCUGAGUUUAGUACAUGUUGUUCUGUAUGUGGUGUUGUUGAACAGAAAAGGAGUAGAGUAUGUGACAACCCUCCCCCGGAGUUUGGUGGAGCUGACUGUCCUGGUGAACCUGUAGAAACAAGGAAUUGUGACAGUAACGAUUGCUUGAAUAAUGUUACUACACCUCUAUGUGCCAACCAGUCUUUUGACGUUAUGGUUCUUCUUGACGCUUCGGCCAAGAUAACUGAUGAUGAGCUUGGACAGGAAAGGGAUUUAAUACAGCAGCUUUAUACUGAACUGAGAAUCGAUGGUGAUGCUAGGCGCUUCGGAUUCCUCGCUCAUGGCGGGUUUAGCAUUUUCGUGUCUAUCAAGGUUCUUAGGUUAGAAAAGACGAGCGAUAUCACGACACAACAGUCUAGUAUCAAUGAUAUUAAAAAGAUAGGAGGCACGCCAAUCCUUGGUGAUGCAAUAAACGUUUUGGUGGGGAAUUUUGAAAGAAGUGAAAGGUUCACAUGGCCUGAUAUUCGACAAAUUGGUAUUGUGAUAACAGCUGCCGAGGCAUUAACCCCAAUAAACGAAACAAGCAUUGUGGCCAAUGAUGCGAAAGCGAAGAAUAUAAGUAUGUAUGCUAUUGGUAUUGGUGACCGAGUAAGUGAGGAAUUUGUACAUGCAAUUGCCUCCAAUCCAACAGGAGCCAUUACCACGACGUCCAGUAAACUGAACGAAACAGCUACCCGAUUAGAACGGCUGAUCUGCUUCUGUGAUCAAUAAAGGAAUGAAAUAUA